AUGCCCCCCGUCAACUCGCCAUCUGAUCCCCCCGCUCUGUCGUCUUCCGCUUCUUCUUUUCGGCCUUUGACCGCGCUCUCCUUGCCUGUUCCUUCGCUCCCCGCAGCCGUGUCCGAUGACGCUCAUGAUGAUAACGUGAGCUUUCUCCGAUCUCGUGUGCGCUCCCCACCAGACUCGACCUCUUCACUCAGUCGCCAGCGCCGACGUCGACAACAGACCGCGUCCGACCUUGAUCUAGAGCCUAUGGAGCUGGACGACCCGUCUCACUUGCGCAUCGAAAUCAACCGCCGCAUCCCUAUCGUGCGCCGUCAACGCGACACUUCCGGCAACCCCAACCCGACUAAUCUCCCCAACUACGAAGGUCAGAUGUCGAAUUCACGCUCGGUGUACGGCUGGGCUCCGGCCUCUGAUGAUGACGACGAUGAUGUAGGCUACGAGCCGCUUCACGAAAGUAACACGAUCUCAUGGUUCGGCCGAUUCUCCGAUCGCUACGCAGCUGCUCGUCGCCACGCGCGCCGGGAUGCCGCUGGUCGAAGUCCUCCAGCUUUGCCAGACGAACCUUCCGAUAGCAGUCUCAAUCGCCAAAGCGAUCCAGCCCUUUCGACAACAGAGGCUUUCCUACAGUCAGUGCGACGCCAACAGCGGGGUUCGCGGACGCGCGCGCGGGCGCUUCACGAAUAUUUGUUAGAGCGGGAACGAGCUUCCCAGGAUUCAGAUGAAAGUCGAGAGCGACCAGGUCCUCCAUCAGCCUCACGAGCAUAUCGCUUCCUUCCCAGUGCCCGGGGCGAGUCGCAACGAUUUCUGACUCACAAUGACCUACGCGCUCGGAUAAGCGCUCAUCGACAGUUACACAUGGACAACCCUCCAAACCCACGGCUGAAGGAGACCAUCCUAUAUCUGGAUCGCCUGCGGUACUCUACCUCGUUUGAGGAAAGCCUCACCUCAGCGGCGGCAGGGGGUUUUGUUCAUACUGAUUUCCUUAACGGGAACGAGGAUGACUUUAUCCUCGACAUCAGUUCGAUAGCGCCGCCGCCAGACAGUUCAUGGCUUCGUCCCGGUAUGGUUUUCUCGGGGUCGCAGCGGGCUGCCAGCAGUGCGAGCUCGCUUUUUGCACAACGAGGGCUCAACCCGUCCGCAUCCCAGGACCCGAUGAUUGUCAAUGGGAGUGACAACAGUCGCAUCAGUGUAUAUACCACAACAGGACGACGGUACCUGGCUAAUAAUAUAUACCACCUCGGAGGCGGUAAGGACGAGAACUGGCCGGUAAAGGUCACCAUACAUAGUAUCAACCCGGACGAUAUGACGCUGUCGGGUACCAUGGAAGCAUACAACAUACCGGACAAAACGACCCCGGCGCAUGAUGCACAUAUCGUCACAUAUCUAGAGGGGGAAAUUAUUGAUUUUAACAAACACACGCUCGAAACGAAGAACUUCAAGGCAGAUGCGGAGAUUGACAGUACAUAUUGGCGGGAGCUGCAGCCAUUCAAGAACUUGAGCGAUGAGGAAAUGACGCGGAAACUCGUUAGUCGGAAGUGGGUAACGGAGCAGUUAUCCAAGCAGUGGAUACUGAUGAGAUGGAAGGGUGAGUUUCGAUUAAGAGAGAGUCUUCAAAAUAAAACUAAUAUAAGAGCCUUAGAACGCUGUUUCAUCACACCCACCGACUCCCGACAAGGACUGACAAUUUCGGGAUUCUACUAUAUCUCACUGAACCGGCAAAGUGGCAAUAUUGAAGGGUUAUAUUACGAUCCGGGCAGCUCGCCAUACCAGCAGCUGUCAUUGAAGCCAGAGUCGAAGAAAAUGGUGCGUCCCUCAUACGGGUUCCGCUAA